UAGUUUUGAUGUGAUCGCGUGCUGUGAAUGUAAUCGUGCAUGUCUAGUCGUUCGUUCUUUUCGUGCAAUGUAUUAGUUUCAUAGUGAUCUGUGAUCAAUUCUUAAGAAAAUGACGAAUCAAGAAGAGCUGCUGUCUGCGUUCAAGAACGAAAGAAUUAUUCAAUUCAAAAACCUCGUGAGAUAUCGCAAGGACGUAGAGGUUGAUUAUUUUUAUGGAGAACCAGAUAAUGGAACGUUAUUAGAUUUGGCCUGCAGAUCCCAGGAAAAGAAGAAAUACGUUAAACUACUACUAGAAGAAGGUGCCAAAGUUUGGCACAAGGAUGAGAAAACUGGUAAAUUUAAGUUACAUGAAAUUUUAAAAAACCAAGAUUUGUGGAGCAUUUUCUGGCGCGCUGUAUACCGCUCAUCCGAUUAUUAUGGACGUGUAAAUGCCAAUGUUAUGGAAAUGGCUGUUGAAGAAAACGACCUAGAGGCCAUUGAGCUUCUAGCCCACUCCUAUUCUGUAGGAGUACCCCAAUCAUAUUCAAAGGAAAAUAAUAGUAAGUCCAAGUUCAUUAAAUGGUUUCGUGAGCAUCCACUCGAUAUACACCUGAUUCUGCUCCAAGGAAGCAUUGAUGCAGUUCGGCUGUUCAUCAAGUACUUCGACGUGGACAUGGAAUUACAAACGGAUUCUCUGGGACGCGUUUUUAGUUGUCGCGAAGUAAUAUUACAAAAGUAUCCGGAGCUGGAAGUAGACCUGCCAACACAAUCACUAGGCAAGCUCCAUGAAAGUUUAUUUUUUUAUUUAGAAAAAGGUCAUCCUGAAUUAUUUGUCAGACGAAUAGCCGAGAUUAAUGCAGAAAUUCUGAAUGAAGGUAAACAAAAAGAGUCUAUGUUUACGUAUGUACAUGUAGCAUGCGAACGCAAUUAUAUUGGCGUGGUGGAUGCAUUGUUGAAAAAAUGGGUUCACCUGAAUGAGCUUGCAUAUUUCGAUGAAUCUGCACAAAAUGUGACGCCAAUAAUGCUGGCUGCUUUCAAGGGUCACUGCAAAAUAUUCAAGAAACUACUUGCAGAAGCACCUGCAGUUCAGCUGGAAAGUGACGGAGGAAGUGGAUCAGUUUUUCAUUCAAUCGUGCACGGUAUGCAUUUUAUGCAGAAUCGCAAUUGCUCAAUUGAUGGUCACCGUAAGAUACUGGAAUACCUUGAACACCAACUGCCCGGCAACACUCCAUUUCAUCCUCUGGGACUUGGGUACCCUUUCUUUCUAGAUAGUGAUUACACAGACGAAAACAAUAAUACAGCUCUUCAUUACGCGUUAAAAUACAACAACGAAUUUGCCAUCAAGUUACUUCUUGACGCAGGGGCCACACUGUACCCAAAGGAUGGGGCUGUCUUGACUUGGAUUUCAGCUAAAAUCGUAGAAGGCUAUUUCGAUGACUGCAUUCUUUCAAGUAGAGAAUUUCCAUCGACCCGAGAUCAUAAGGAAAGCUCAAUAAUAUUUCGCUACGGAAUAUUCUCACAACUAGACCUACUCAUUGCUACCAAACGAAAAAAGAAUAUCUUUACUCGAUUCGAACCAAUAAUCGAGUUCAGAAAACUAUUCGCGCAUCCGCUCACAAAAAGCUUGCUCUAUUUGAAAUGGCGUCUCGUUAGAAAAUAUUACUACAUUUAUCUGACAUUCUAUUUAUUAUUUUGUUUAAGUUUAAGCACGUAUAUUUUCCAAAUUCAACAGUGUGUAACAUCGUCGACCAAUUCUAACGGUUCAACCGGCUCAGGAUCAACUGAUAGAGCAAUUAAUCGUGAUGCAUCUCCGAUUCUAUGUGACGUAUCAUUGUGGAUGUGGGCAAUAACAUUGCUGCUUUACAUCGUACUUAUUUUACGAGAACUGUUCCAAUUUUCUGUUUCAAUUCGAAGGUAUUUCGGUAUACCAGAAAACUGGUUAGAAAUCACGACGAUCGUGGUGGUUGGUUUUCUCUUCGCGGAUGACUCCAACACGCAUUCAGCCGCAAUCGCUAUUCUGAUAUCGUGGAUCGGGUUAAUAUUAUUACUCGGUAAGCUACCGUCACUCUCAAUCUACAUAGAAAUGUUCAAAACGGUGGCGUCGAAUUUUGCUAAAUUACUGCUUUUAUACUCGAUUUUAGUCGCAUCUUUCGCAUACAGCUUCUUCAUUUUAUUUAGAAAUAAAAUCAGCGGACGCGCAUCGUCGCAGAAUCAAACUAACGUCGAUGCCAUAGAUCGGACGAAUGAAAAUUCGGUGAAUUCGUGGCAAGACCUGCAAAUGUCGUUCAUCAAAUCGAUUAUUAUGAUGACAGGCGAAUUUGAAGCUUCUACUUUACCGCUUGAUUCAAAUUUUAGUUGUGGCCACGUGUUUCUCAUACUUUUCGUCUUUUUAAUCUCUAUGGUACUUUACAAUCUACUUAAUGGUUUGGCCGUCAGCGAUACGCGCGGCAUCAUGGAGGACGCUGAAUUAGUUGCUUUGAUAUCUAGAGCAAAAAUUAUCUCGGAUAUAGAACGCCUAGGCCUUAGCAUUCAAUUCCACCCUGCUUUCAAAUGUAGAAAGGUUUAUGCAUUUUUGCGCAACAAAUUAUUCUACAAGGUACUCUUUGAUGAAACAAAUCUGGUUUGUGUAUACCCAACGAAAAAUAAUAGAAUUGAAAUUGAAGGUCAGCAUUUUGGCAAAAUGCCGUCCACCAUUGUAAGACAUGCCGAAGAAAUUGUGGAGAAACGAGAACAAUCCAAACUGGCCAAAAAUGAAAAUGAAAAUUCGUUGACAGAUGUCGCAAAAAACAACCCAUCCGAUUCCGAACAUCAAUCCGUUUGCGAGCAAAUACGCAGUCUGAAACUUGAAGUCGACUCUAAAAUUUCUGCACACGAUGAAAAAUUAUUGCAAAAUGUUGAUCAACGAUCUGACAAAAUGAUGAAUAAAUUACUCGACGAGAAAAUAAGCGAUUUAAAACUUGAAAUCGACGCUAAAAAUGUAGCACGCGAUGAAAAAUUAUUGCAAAAUGUUGAUCAACGAUUUGACAAGAUGCAUAAAUUACUCGAGUUUGUUUUGCAGGAAGUUAAUUUCCUGAAGAAUAAAGAUUAAUUUUUAAUUAGGGAAUUAGGUAAGCGUAUGAAUGAAUGAAAAUUCGCUUUAUUGUUAAUAAAAUAAGUUACAUUUUAUCCAGAUAAGUACAUUUAUUAUGUGUACUUUUUAGUAAAAUUAUCCUCAUUCAAGUAGGUCUGGGUACACAUAGGUAUACCAGUUUGUUUUUCAUAGCAUUAAAUUACACGUAGGUUAGGU